CAAAAAGCUUUUCUAAACUUUCUCUUCUUUCACUUGCCCAACACAACACUUCUCAAUAACCAAAAAAGCCAACCCAAAGCUUAAAAAAGGAAAAAGAGAAAAACUCUCUCUCCAUGGACUUCCAUCUGAAGCAAUGGAGAAACCAGCAGCAUGAGUCAGAAGAAGAAGAAGAACAGCCCUCUGAGAAGAUGCCAAAACUCCUUCUGGAUCCUCCUCAUGAACCACAACAACAAGAACAACAGCACUACCCAAUAUCUGGGUCUACUGCUGCUCCUCUUCCUUUGUUUGUACCUGAACCCCACAGUAAUAAUAAAAACAGUAACUUGUCAGCGUUCCUAGAUUCAAGCACAGCUCCUCCUGCCACCGCCAGAUUUCCGAGAAUGGGAGGUAGUGGUUACUUUAGCUUAGCUCAGUGGCAGGAGCUAGAGCUACAAGCUUUGAUCUACAGAUACAUGUUAGCUGGUGCUGCUAUUCCUCCUGAACUACUUCAACCAAUCAAGAAAAGUCUUCUUCACUCUCCUCCCUAUUUCCUUCAUCACCCACUUCAACAUUAUUCUUAUUAUCAGCCUGCUUUGCUGCAAACAGGGUAUUGGGGAAGAGCAGCCAUGGAUCCGGAGCCCGGCCGGUGCCGGAGGACUGAUGGGAAGAAAUGGAGGUGCUCAAGGGACGUAGUGGCUGGCCAGAAGUAUUGCGAGCGCCAUGUUCAUCGUGGCCGCAACCGUUCAAGAAAGCCUGUGGAAAUCCCCACAACCAAUUCCUCCACCAGUACUAAUACCAAUUCUACUGGUAUUGGCGGCGGCGGUGGCGGAGGCAGUGCGGGUGGUGCAAUCAGUGCUGCUUUCAGUAGCAGCAGCCCAGCUAUUGUCGCACCACUUUUAUCAGGGGUGGCUAGUGGGACUAGUCUUUCUUUUUCUGGACAUUCCCCUUCAAACGAGUUACUUCACCUCAACAAUAGAUCCUCGGAUCCCAAAGCUGAAAUCAAAGGCCUUCUCCUUGGCCCUCAAAAUGAGGUUGCUAACAGAAGUGAUGGCCAUAUUCUGAGGCACUUUUUUGAUGACUGGCCGCGUUCGCUUCAAGAACCUGAUAAUACAGCAAGUAAUGCUAGUCCAAUGAACUCCGCGACCUGUCUGUCAAUUUCAAUGCCAGGAAACUCAUCUUCUGAUGUGUCGUUAAAAUUGUCCACCGGCAAUGGAGAGGAGCCGGCAGGAUCCAGAGGCAGUGAAAGGGAGCAUCAUCCACAAGUGAAUUGGACGGGAGGGUGGGGCACAAACCAGAUGUCUCCCAUGGGAGGACCACUUGCUGAGGCAUUGAGAUCCUCCACCUCUAAUUCAUCUCCAACUAGUGUUCUACACCAGUUGCCUCAGGGAUCGACCUCCGAAACUAUCUACGUUAGCACUUGAUUUUAGUUUCUGUUUUGUAUAUACAUUAAUAAUGUGUUUCUAUGUUUUCUUUUAUUGCAUGUUAUAGACAUCCCAUUCAUAAUCCUACUUCGUAGGAUUCGUAUGGAUGGCACUACCAACUUUGUUUGUUUUAAUUGGAAAUGUUUCACCAUUUGUUUGUUCAAAAUCUUCGGUCUCUCUGUCGGCU